CAUAUAGCUGUAUAUUCCCGAAUCGUUUCCCACCUGCUCUGUGUUGAGGGGUUUCCGUGGAUUUUGAAGCACGUCCUGUCAAGGCACUGGCCCAGGUCACGAGGUGGGACUUCAAGCUGCCGGCAGGCAGCUGUUGGAGCAGCAGUGCGGUUACGUAUGAGUCUUUCUAUAUUGAGGUAGAAACUGUUGAUAUUCAGUCUCAGUGAUAUCUCACAGGAUACGGGUUCUUAGACUAAGAUAUACUGCGGUCAUCUUUCCAACGCCGCUCCCCCCCGCCACAGCCAUGUCGGCUGGGCAUUGUCGCAGCUGACCCACAGGCUUUCCUGGACACCCAACUGUGUCGUUGUUAGUGCAGCAUUGAACCUUUCGUAAAAUCUGGAGGGUACGCAUAAUGUGUUCAUUUUCCACGUUUGAUGCGUCAGAUGCUGUGGAGCAAGUGUAAGGCCGUGGCCGUGUCUCCUCUAGGUCUCCGGGUCGGUUACAGGAAAGCAGAAGACACCCCCAAGGCAAUUCCUUCAGUAGUUUCGUACUCCAAUGGCCGAAUCGAGACAAUCCUCCAUUUCGUGAAUGUUCGCAUUCCUUUUUACAGUGUUUCAUACCCCCUGAGACAUUGCAUCUUCUGUAUUGCCGAAAGUCUGGUUCUUUCCUCGCCUGUUCGACACUCUCUUGCUGAAAUCACCACUUCUGCGGCGUUCGUCCAGGAGUGCGUCGCGUCCUUUCCCCCACUAGGGGUUCUCUCGGUGCUUUCAUAUACAUUCCUUUCUAUCGACCAUCGCCGCAACUUUGUUUCCUGUGCUUCGUGAGUACGCUCUCUCUUGGUUGUCGCCCAUGCCGCCCGACCGCCGCCCCUCGUAUACCGACAACACCCCUUGCGAAUCAGCAUGGUGUUGUCUAUGUGUUUGCUUGCGACGAACGAGCUUCUCGUGGGUUCGGCGUCGCUACGUAUGGCGCUCAACAUUUUUGUACAACCUCAUCACAGUUUUGGUUCUCGUCGGCAACAUGCUAACCUUCAUUCUCCUCUCCUUAAUUUCCAGCAGGAGCUUCUUCAUUAACUACCGCUGUGGUCGUCAAGCCAUCAGCCUUAUUAAUACAAACUUCGUAGCGAUGAUGGGAGUGACGGGAAUUAUGGGUCUUUGCGCUCUUAUGAUGGCUCGAUUGACCAAUAUGUUCAGCAACUACUCUCUUAGUGAUUUCAUGAGUAUCGGAAAGUGGGCUGACCGCCUUGGUUGCCUAGUUAAAUGGGUCCCCUGGCUGGUCGCUGUCUGUGGUGUUGGUUGGUUUGUAAUCAAUAUAGUAAACAUCACAUGGAUCUUCGCUGAUCCGAAAAGCUGGUGUUCGCGCAGAUGGUCUGAAAAAGGCAUUGUCGCCGUCGUGAACUGUCGUCUCUGGUAUCGCGCCGACGUACCGUGCCUCUCAACACAAGAGGCAGCAAAUAUGGAGAACAAGGUGGCUUCCUGCAACGACGGUGACUACCUACAGGCAAGCCACUUCUUCAUGUUUACUCCGAAAACAGUCGACGGACGGGGUUGCUCUUUCAAGACUAUAGAGGUCUGUCGUGCGUUCAAACAAAGGUUCAGCAGCUUCGGCAAUGGUCAAGCAGUCGACUGGACAACGAACGCUCUGUCACCCUGCUUGGGACAAGAGGGAGAAAAUGCUUUAGCGGAUGACUUUCUCGUAUCCUCCGAUGAAAGUAGUGACUUGUAUCGGUACGUCCUGAUGUACGUCGUCGGCUGGUGUGUAGCCCUAUUGACACUCGGCAUUCUCUUCUACUACGUCAAAGAGUCAAGCAAUUUCGAGGCAAUGUUUUACCAGCCUCAGCACCCAGGAGAUAACGUGCUUUUGAAAGUCAUCCGGCCACUCACCCCCUGGAGUAAGUAGCGUGCAGAAUGUUUAUCCGAGAGCCGAAAAUGGAUGUCUGUAAGGAGAGAAGUGGCGGCAAUGUAUGGUUGGUGUGGCAAGGUAGAAUCUUAAGCUAGCAGGGGGCGCCAGAGACCCUUUUUCUCAAGCAUAGACUAUGACAAGGAAGGAGCAGACGCAGAAAGGCAAUGUUGUAUGCAUCGAGAAGAAUGUCGCCCGCCCUUUUUAUCGACGCCCUGAGUGAUAAACAACAAAACGUGUCGUUUCGAUAUAUUGAGUUUGAAUUCAGCAAUUUCCGGACGUCAAUUGGGAGAGUACAGGUGCUGUGCUUCUGGUACUAUAAGGGGGGAGGAGGGAUGCAGCUUUUCAGACCCGUUCUUGGUGUUAGUUUUCCAAAGCAGUAGGGGCUCUGCGGGCUAGAAGCCGCUCCAGGGGAUAUCAAUGCGUGAAGAAUGUAGACGCCAACACCAAUGGCAAGGCGAUGCAUGCUUCCGGUGAACAGUCACUCUUCGCAUCAGGGGUCAAUGAUUCAGAAACUGCCGUGGCUGGCUUGCUGGUUGCUGCUCGUUGUUUGAAACGCUUCGUUCGUUGUGUUCAAAUGUGUCCUUCUAGCAUGCCCAUGUUGUUGAGAAAUCUGCGGUUUUCAACCUUGUCUACUUGGAAUCUCGUGAUACGGUUUUGCUUUGGCAUUUCUCUCGUGUGGCUCUUGACGGAAGACGCUCACUGCUAAUGGUGCAGUGGGAUUGUUAUGCACUCGUCAUGCGUUUGCUAGACGUCUGAAUUUAGUGUCGCAUACGUGAAGAGCAGAAAGGAUAUACGUGUA